GACUGACGUUCCGACACACGCACACAUGGGAACCUAUCAACAAAAACAUUGAUGUCGAUUUUUGCUACCGAGCUAGAAAAGGGUUCCACUGCAGAAUGACUUGCUGUAUGCAUGCAAUUUACUAGUUUUACUACUUAGAUAGUUUUAAAAAUUGUACUGCCAUUUCAACAGCGCGUGAAUAGAAGUGCAACGGUUGUUUACAACAUUUUGUCAUCAGCCUAAAACGAUGACACAACCCAGGAGCACCGGCGAUAAAUCGGCACCAUCCGAAAAGGAGACGGGCAAAAGCAACCUCAAUCUAACGGCGGACGAACUGAAGGAGGAAGGAAACCGGUGCGUGAAAGCGGGUAAUUUCACUGAAGCAAUUCUGCACUACACCCAUGCAAUCAAGCUCAGUCCCGCCGAUGCCAUACUGUACAGCAAUCGAUCGUUAGCGUUCUGCAAGAUGCAACAGUUCUACUACGCAAAUGAAGACGCAGACAAGGCGAUCGCGUUGAAUCCUGCCUGGGCGAAAGGCUAUUAUCGGAAGGCUGAAGUUAGCAUGGGUGUGGGCCAGUACGAAACAGCACUGCUUUCGUACGGGAAGGCGCUGCAGCUACAGCCGCAAGACAUGGGCAUCAUUCAGGCCGCCCGGAAAGCUGCCACGUUAAGCAAUGCAGAACGGGAGAAGGAGAAGCGUUCUCCUUUCAUUGGUAGCGCCAUUGGUUGUGUGAUUGGUUUGUGCAUCGUAUUGGCCGAUAUGAUGCUAACGGAAAAUCCGACCAUUAAGUACACUUCCUUAAUGGUAUUCAUCAUAAUGGUGAUCACUAGCAUGGGAUUCGGAAUAGCAAAAUUAGUAUGGUACUACAAAAAGUUGCAACGGAAAGGUUUGCUUGAUCCGCCCAUCGAUUUACUGGAAGAUUUCCAAAAGCAAAAAGAAAAUGAGGAAGCAUCACCGAUGGGAGAACAACGCCACGAACGGAAUCGAUACACCAAAGCACAAGCAAGACAGCGCUUGAAAAAGGCGAAAACAUAAGUGACCUUUCUUUGAUAAGAACCUUUGCUGAAACGGUUCAUGGGAUGAAGAGAACGCUUUCCAUCCUAAUUUCAUCCUUUACAUCCUUGUGACUGGUUGUAAGUUAUACGCUACACUACAAUAAUGUUCAUUGUAUUACAUUGUAGCUGUAGUGCAUGGUUCUAAUCGUUCUUGAUUUUUUUUAUUUGAUGCGAAAUUGUCUCCUUCAUGUUUUGUUUUUUUAGUUUUCCAUAGCUGGAUUGUCAGUCUUGCUACAAAAAGUUCAAUUUAGAUUGAACUUUGACCGGAUGUAUUUGUUAAUUGUGCGCUAUCAACUCAUCAAUUUGAGUUGGAGGUUUCUAAUUUUUGCUAAAAUAAUCUAUGUGAAAGGAGCCAUUUUUGGUUUAGUUUAGUAAACUGCCCUUUGUUACAAUUUACCUAUUGGUGAAAAUAGUCAAUGCCCAGUUCAAAAUUAAUGUUUUCAUGAGCACUUUUAAUGCUCGAACGAGUCAACCGAUACAUCGAUCGGAACAUUUCUGUAUGAUUUAAGGCGUACAAGGUAUAAGCAGUAAAAGUAUCAAGACAUUCUAGAAACGUUACGUCGACGCGUAUAAAUCAAAAUAAAUAAUUUACUAUUAUCGCACAUA